AUGGGUGGUUGGUGGGGACAUACCGCCGCCGUGAAAGUCGAUGUGCACCGGCCACGGCCCUGGAGUCGCAGGCUCGUACACUCGCACGGGGAUCAUCUCGCCCUGGUGGCCCGGCACGCUGGCAUCGUACACGCGCGCGGGCUCCGGCGCUGGCCCUGUGCCGUACGAGUACAGCACCGAGUACUUGGAGCGGAGCACCGCGAGGUCAAUGGGCUUGUUGGGGGUGUUGGCCACAUGCUCGUUGUAGAGCUGGACGAACACGGGGUCCAGAUGAGGCAGCACCGAGGGGUGGAUGGGGUUGAGCGCUUCGUGGCCGGUCAUUAUGAGAGGUGUGACAAGACUGUUGCCGUACUUGACAGCAGGCAAGCAUCGUCUGCCGUGUUAAAUACUGUGGAAUGGCGAUGGCGUCCGUCGCACGGCAUUAGCCGACGGCGAUGUGAGGGGAAAUUAGGGCUUCAUUCUUCCCCGCAGGCUUAUCUAUGCGACGGUCCGAUGCUCGCAAAAAACAUCCCCUUUGAAAUCUACGAGCGCGACCCCAACCCCGACGCCCGCGGCCAAGGCUGGGCCAUCACCCUGCACUGGGCGCUGGAGUACAUCCAGCAGAUCCUGCCGGCGGACACGCUGGCCCGCAUCCAAGCGGUGCAGGUCGACCCAGACGUCGCCCGCCACGACAACGGCAACUUCCUCUUCAUCAACCUGGCGACCGGCGAGCCGGUCUUCAAGAUCCCACCGUCGGUGCGCUGGCGCGUCAACCGCGAAAAGACCCGCAAGGCGCUGCUGCACGGCAUCGAAGACCACGUCCACUGGGACCACCGCGUCGUCGGCCUCGACGUGCCCCCUGCCCCCGCCGAACCAGUCGCCCUGCGCUUCGCGGACGGGUCGCGCGUAGCCGGCCGCAUCGUCGUCGGCGUCGAGGGCAGCCGCUCGCUCGUCCGCCAGGUGCUCCGCCCCGACGCUUUCAGCAACGUCCUGCUGCCCAUCCGCUUCACCGGCGUGGCGGUCGACCUGACGCCAGCUGAGAUCGCGCCGCUGCGCGCCAUGGACCCGCUGCUAUUCCAGGGCUGCCAUCCGCGCUCCGGCACGUUCUUCUGGUUCUCCAUGCUCGAGACCCCCGCCGUCAACGGGACGGCCGGUACGCCGGAUCAGACUGGCCGACUGGGAGUGUUUGGAUUGGGAUAA